AUGAGUGUUGGGCCAUAUGUCUUGAUAACUCCAGAUGAAACAAGAAGAAAAGAGGUGCAGCCAAGAGUUGCUAAGAAAGAGCUAGAUGACCUGGAGCAGUGGAAGAAAAAACACAAGCCAGGGCCAGUUAAAUUGGUUCCACAGAGACUGGGUGGAAAGGAAUCAGAGGCUUAAGCAAGGCAAAAUCAGCAAAUGAUGCUCUUGCAAUGUAAAUACCAACAAAAGCACAAGACAGAAGAAUACAUAAAAGCAAAAAAGGCAGCUGAAGAAGCUGAAAUCUUGAAAAGGAGAAUUCAGAGAGAAAAGGCAGAGAGACUUGAAGCUAAAAAGAGACAAGAAGAAAUGCAAAGAAGAGAGAUGGUCUUUGAAGAUCAAUAUUACAAAACCAAUGAAUUAUUGAACAGAUUGGACUUGGGUUUGCCAAAGAGUGAUUCCUGUCAGAUUGCUAAUCAUGGCCAAGAGUCUACAGCAUGGAUGAGAAGCCAUACUUAUAAGCAAGCUCUUCAAGAGGAUGAAAACAGAAGAUUAGAGGAAAUGAAGCAAGAACAACAGAGGAAGAUGGACACAAAGCAGCAGCCAGCAAAGAUUGCGUUAGUUGCCAAGAUUAGAGCAAACCAAUGA